ACUGCGUUCCUAUCGCGUUGCGUCACACGGCCAUCUGCACUUCUCAGCGCUAAGCAGCCCGCAGCCUAACUUUGAACGGGACGAAAGGCCGGCCGCCCGGAGCGUCAGAGCAGCUCAACUCCUCGCACGCCUACCGGGGCACUCCUCGGGGGUCAUGUCCGACGCGAUCAGCCAAACGGAUUCUUUUAUGAGCGCCUGGACGGACAGCCCGACGGACAGGCAGUCGUGGGACAGUGAGACGCAACCGGUGUCUCCUUUCCCGUGGAAAGCGAUGAAAUCCAAGAAGAACAAAAAGAAGAAGAAGAAAAGAUUCCUGAGGUCGAUCUUUGCCUCGGAGCUGUGUGAUACGGACAGUACAGAAUGGCAGGCGGAGCAGAGUCAGAGCCCCAGGGGACAAGUCGUCCCCGAGCCGAUUAUUAGGGGCAUCUUUGAGAUCGACAAGAAGAGCUGCGACGUCCUGCUGACAGAAAGCCGCUUGAUCUGGUCGCCGAUUCAGCCCGAGGCCCCUUCAGACAAUUCCCCUGCCAACUCAAAGCAUAGAGAAAAGUUUGUGGAAAUGAAGGACAUUUUUGCAGUGAAGCUGAAACGAAGAAGGUCGGCAGGUCAACAGAAAGGGGGCACCCUUUUGGGCAUUACCCUCUUCCAGUGCUACCAGAAGGGAAAGAAACUGAAAGACCAUGCCAUCCACCUGGCCAACCUGAGUGAAGACCACUGUGAACGUUGGUUUCACCAUGUGAAUGACAUACUGAAGACAUAUUCUGGCAGACCAAAAUCCCUCAAGGUGUUUGUGAACCCCAACAGCCACAAGAAAGAAGCAAAUGAUGUUUACCAGGAGCAGGUGGCACCACUCUUUCGGCUCGCCAAUAUUCAGAGCGACGUCACAAUUACACAAUAUAAGGGACACGCACUGUCGAUCCUCAAAGAGUGCCAGCUGCAGGAAUUUGAUGGUGUGGUCUGCAUUGGUGGGGAUGGCUUUGCCAGCGAGGUCGCCAAUGGUUUGCUCCUUCGAGCCCAGAUGGAUGCUGGGAGGGAUGCAGAUUCCGUCUUCACGCCUGUCAGAGCAGCACUUCCUCUCGGCAUAAUACCAGCAGGAUCUACAGACACCGUGGCUUAUUCCCUCCAUGGAGUCCGCCACCCAAAGACAGCAGCACUGCAUAUCAUAAUGGGUCACCGUCAGCCAGUGGACAUCUGUACAUACCGGUCGGAUGGCGAGCUGCUCCGCUUUGGCUUCUCCGCUAUGUUCGGCUUUGGUGGGCGAACCCUGGCAUUGGCAGAAAAGCAGCACUGGAUGCCACCCAUCCAGAGCAGGGAGUUUGCCCUCAUGAAAAGCCUGGCGAAUCUCAGCCCCGAGGACUGCGAGUUGUCGUUUUUACCUCAAUAUACUCAGGAUGACAGCAGACAACAGAAGGACAUGGGGGAUGUUCUCCAUUGUGGUUCCAGACCGGCAUGGCAGCAGAUUCAGGGCCUCUUCCUGAACAUCAGCAUCAUGGCCAUCCCGUGUCUCUGCUCGAUGGCUCCCAGAGGUCUGGCCCCCAUCACCAGCUUGGACAAUGGAAGCAUGGCCCUCAUCGCGGUGCGCGACACCUCCAGAGCCAACUUAAUUAAACACCUGAAGGGGUACGGGGGCUUCAAGAACCAGUUCAGAUUUCCAUUUGUGGAGACUUUCACCGUGCAGGAGGUGAAGCUGAGACCGCGACCAAGAAGAGAUGGUGCAGAUGAGCCUAAGCCACCCCCAUUGGUGUCUGCAGUAUCUCCUGGUACAGGUGGCCUUCCAUGGAACAUCGACGGGGACCUCGUGGAGAUGUCAUCUGAAAUUCAUAUAAGGCUGCACCCACAGCUGAUCACUCUGUUUGGAGCCCACGCAGAAGAAACGGAAGACGGGAUGUCAAAGUGCAGCUGCCUGUGAUGACCCGGAGAACCACAGACCCCCUGAGAGAAGAGGCCAUGGAGUGUGUUGGACAGAGUGGGACUUUGUGGGGACUCUGUGAGGUGACCAGGGCUGGCUAACUUUGAUGGGAUGAGUGGCCUGCUCUUGGCCAUGUUAGUCUAAUGUUCUAAUGCAGGGGUCCUCAAUCCCAGUCCUGGAGGGCCGCAGUGGCUGCAGGUUUUUGUUCUAACCCUGUUGCUUAAGUAUAAAGCAAUUCUUGUCAAUAAUUUAAUUUCAUGGCCUGUUGGUGCUUCAACUCUUGCCAUGUCAGCUCAUUCUCAUAUCCUAGAUUUUCUUCCCCUUUCUAAGGAUAUCAUCCUGAUGAUUCGAAGGU